GUCAAGGCAGACGGACGACGAGGACGAGCGUCGAGAAUCGAGAAUCGAGAAAAGCGGAAACAGCAGCGAAAAGUGCCAGAAGCUAAACUUCCGCACCCGGGAAACGUGUCGCGUGUGCUACGAGUGGAAAAUACGGCGUAAAACGGCGGAAACCCGGCGAAAAGCCCGCUAAAAGUAUUCCAACUAUGCGUGCAACCACAAAUCAAAAUACCAAUUUAUGAAAAGUGUUUUUGGUCGCAAAGUAAAAGUAAGAGUGCUCGUGCGUGGGCCAUCGGCUAAUUGCUCGUGUUCCAUAGCCACAGAAAAAGCAAAUAAUUGAAUAAAGACUUGGGGCUCAACGAUUGUCAGAGCUAAAAAUCAAAAAAUAAGAACAAAUCAAGUGGAUAGUUGAUACCAAAUAAAGUGAAAAAAAACAGGAGAACCAUGGUGCCAGGAGUGGAGCUGCUGCUGGUGCUCCUGCUCAGCCCGCUGCUUCUCGCGGAGAUCUCCCACCUGCCGAUGGCCAACAAUCGCAUCAUCCUCGACUCCACGGAGCUGCUGCAGCCUCCCCUGAACCAGGACUCCAGUUCGCCGGCUGUGGCCAAGGCGACGCCAGUUCCGCCGCAAAAGUGUCCUUCGCAGCAGCGGUACCGCAAGAUGCUGAAGGACUUCGACGACCUGGAGGACCUCUACGUGGAUGUGCCCGUGCAUAUUGCUUUGGCGGAGCGGCAGAGGAAGCGAUUUGUGCUGAACCUGAACGACUCGACGCCGCUGACGAUUCGCUUUUCGGCGCCCGUGGGCCGCAAGAUGUACUACAAUCAGACAGGAAACCUCCUUCGGCCGGCGGCAGUGGCACCUGGCCCAGGUGUGUCUGUGGGCAGUCUGGUGCUGCCCUGCGCCCUGCGCGGCCAAUACGACCUCUUCGUCCUGGCCCGCCACUCGGGAGCCCUCAAGGUGGACGCCCUGGCGGAGCAUCCCCAGCACGACUGGCCACUCCUCAACGCCACGCACCGGAUCGCCAUUCGCACCCAGAACCGCGUGCGGAAGCGCGAGAUGAUCGUCAAGUGGGACAGGAGCAAGUUCGAUUACCAUGUCAUGCACUAUUGCCUGGUAGUACAAAGGGUGUCGAUGAACACCCAGCGAAUAACCUUCGAAAAUUUCUGCCAGGCGGUGUCCGCCUACGUGGACCAGCGACCCUUGACCCCCAGUUGCUCCGGGGGCAAUCCCAUGGAUCUCGUUUGGGGUGCACCACCUCAAAGGGAGAGAAGACUCAAUCCCCGACAGAAUCUGCACAUCGUGUGCACGGGGAAGAGGCGCCAGCAGAUGCUGCGUCGUCUUCUCCCGAGGAGCAACUACCAGUUGGACCUAUUCGGAGUCCACCAGGCUCGACAGAAUCUCACCGUUCGACUGGCCAGCAGCCAGGUGAACUUCAACCGAACCCAACCGCUGGCCUUGAAACUGCAGGCUCUGAUGCAACUGAAGAUCGGAGGACAACAUGGCAAGCAGGUGUACAGCUUCAAGGUGCCGCAGACGAUACUGGAUGCGGAAGAGCCAUUUAUGAGGCACCUCCUGAUUCCCUGCUCGGGCAGCGAGAUCCGUGUGAAACUGCUGCGCCAGCGGAAUGAGGUGGGUAGAACGGAGGCCUUCUACAGUCCCACGUAUAUAAGGCAAAAGGGAGUUCUACCAGGCGAAAGGUAUCUAAUGCGAUUCGAGCCCAGUAACGAGGAUGAGGCGUUGCGGGCCCAGAAAGUUAUGGUGGCCUUGAGCAGCGAGGCCUUGUUCCGGGAUUUGCCCGAACUGCCACAGAACACCAGUGUUUUCAAUGUGCGAACGAGGUGCAAUCGAGCCACCAUCGCCUGGAACGGCUCACCAGAUGAACGCGAGUUGAGCUAUUGCAUCAUAGUGUUCAAUCUGCCGCAGCGCAAUCGCAGCGUGGUGGACUCCACCAACUACUGCAUGGACUUUGUGCCCAAGCGGGUGAUGCAGUACAGGAACUUUGAGUGGAUGACUUGUAGGGAAAGGCAGCAGAGUCCCGACAACAUCGAAACGGAGACCAUACUGAACCUCCAGCCGGGUUCCAGUUACCUGGUCUACGUGACCGCCAACCUGAGCAUGGGCAAGCCCCUGCCCUACCAGGCGCUCACCCUUCACAUGGCCAGCCAAUGUCUGGACGGAUCCCACGAGUCCUUCUACUAGGUAACCAGGAGUUACGGGCUUACAUAGGUCGUAAUUCCCAAAAAGCUUCGCUGCAUUUUCGAAUACAAACACUGAACUAUCCGUCGUUGUAAAGCUACCUUAUCCACUACGAUUACUACACUAUCCUACAAAAACUAUGCUGGUUAAAAGACUAUACACCUAGCUCCAUAUAUAUAUAUAUAUAUAUAUAUAUAUAUGUAUACAGAUAUAUAUACAGAUGUUCGUGGCAAAUGUUGUGUGAGCGAGUGAGUGUGUGCGUGUGACUUCUGAUUGUGUUCGCCAUUUGAUUCCAAGUAUUCUCGAGUGCUUACUUUUGUAAUUUUUAGCUAGCCGUUAAUUUUUGUAUAAACUGUUUCAUUGGUUUUCCCACUCUGCUGAUCGUUUUCUAGAUUUUAGCCCCAGCACUCCUAGUUUAAAGUUUAAACUUAGUUUUCGUAGGCUUUUGCUGUUAAGUUUUAACCGUAAACCGUUCUUUUGUACAUUAAGCUUACAAUUAGCUCUAUAUUAGAUAUACCAUUAUGAAUAUAUAUGUGCGUUGAAAGCGUUGUAUUUUUUGAAGCCGAACUUAUGCAACCGAAAGGAGGACAAUAAACAAAUGUGCUAUAAAAGGAGGAAAGUCUCGCAAAUAAAUGUGAAAUCACAGCUAAA